UGAGAAUAUGUUCUAUCAUCAGUUUUACACAUGUUACGAAGAAAUGUAGAGUGGUGAGGACGGGGAUUGAUUUAACAUAAGUUAAUGCGAGAAAGCAUUUAUCAAACAUGAGCGACAUUCAAGAAUACUCAGAUGUGGUACAAGAAGUCCGUGGAGCUCUGAAUGCAGGCAAGCUAAAGCUACAGAGCACCAGUGUUAGUUUUAAAAACAUUAAAACUGGUAAGGUUGACCAAUACCAGAGCACAGAUGUUGACAAAGUUUACUGGUUAAAACGAGCAAGAGGAUACUGUUUAAAAUUCAUGUUGGAUACUGGUGUCAUUCACAGAUAUGACGGAUUCAAAGAAGCAGAUUUUGACAAGCUGGCCAACUUCGUUUCGAAAUAUUAUCAAACAACUUUAGAAAAACAAGACUUGUCUGUCAAGGGAUGGAACUGGGGACUUGCAAACUUCACAGGAAACUCCUUAAACUUUGAGGUGGAUAACAAGCUUGCUUUUGAAGUACCUCUCAACAACGUUUCACAUUCAACAACAUCUAAAAGUGAAGUUACUCUGGAGUUUCAUCAAAAUGAUGAUGCUGCAGUUUCACUCAUGGAAUUACGUUUCCAUAUUCCUGGGCAGCCAGCUGCAACAAAUGCUGAAAAGGGUGAAAACACAGAAAACAAAGAUCCAGUUGAGGAAUUUUAUGAGAAUGUUCUUGACAAAGCAGAUAUCAUUCAGGCAACUGGAGAAACUAUUGCAGUUUUCACAGAAAUACAUUGUCUCACACCAAGAGGUCGAUAUGAUUUUAAGAUUUAUCCAACUUUCUUACAACUCCAUGGUAAAACAUUUGACUACAAAAUCCCCUACACAACAGUUUUACGCUUAUUCCUGUUACCACACAAAGAUGGCAGACAAAUGUUUUUUGUGGUGAGCUUGGAUCCACCAAUCAAACAGGGCCAGACAAGAUAUCCUUUUAUCAUUCUUCUGUUCCAAAAGGAUGAUGAGAUGACAUUAGAACUGGGCCAGUCAGAUGAAGACUUUGAGACAAAGUAUGAGGGUAAACUACAGCGUGAGAUGUCUGGUCUAGAAUAUGAGGUCAUCAGUCGUGUUUUCAAGGCUGUCACCAACAGAAAGAUUACAGUCCCAGGAACAUUCAUCGGGAGUUCAGGAACCAAUGCUAUUAGUUGUUCUUACAAAGCAGCCACUGGAUUCCUGUACCCACUGGAAAGAGGGUUCAUUUUCAUACAUAAACCUCCAAUGCAUAUCCGCUUUGACGAGGUGUCUAGUGUUAAUUUUGCCAGGAGUGCAGGCAGUACCAGGUCAUUUGACUUUGAUGUGGAGACAAAGUCAGGCAAUAUGCAUACGUUUGUUGGAAUAGAAAAGGAUGAAUAUGGCAAGUUGUAUGAUUUUGUCAGUAACAAGAAACUCCGAGUCAAGAACAUUGGCGGAAAACUGGACCAGAAGCAGAGUGCCAACUAUGCUGAUGACAUGAACGACAGUGAUGAUGAUGACGGUGAUCAUGACGCAUACUUGGAGAGGAUGAAGGCAGAAGGAAAGGAUAGGUACAGCGAUGACGAGGAUGAUGAAACAGACAGCUCAGAUGAAUCUUUCAACCCUGGUGACAGCGGUAGUGAAGUAGCUGAAGAAUAUGAUAGUAACCCUCCAACAACAUCAGAGUCAGAUGAGGAUGAUCUGGGUAGUGGUCCAGAGGCUGAAGCUAAACGAGAGGCCAAACGAAAGGAGAAGGAAAAGAAGAAGGCCCGUACUGCUAAAACUGUUCGAGAGCCUGGUCAGAAGAAGGUUAAGCGGAAGAAGAACAAAAAUCGUGAUCCUGACAAGCCGAAGCGCCCAAUGUCUGGUUAUAUGAUCUGGUUCAACACUAAUAGGGAAAGCAUUAAGGCAGACAACCCCAGUCUGUCAAUCACAGAACUUUCCAAAAAGGCUGGUGAACUGUGGAAGGAAAUGAAAGACAAAACAGAGUGGGAAGAAAAGCAUGCCAAGGCAAAGGAAGAAUACCUUGUUGCAAUGGAAGAAUACAACAAAAAGCCAAAGAAAGGUGGAGGAAGUGAUGAAGAUGAAAGUGAUAGUGAAGAUGAGAAAAAGCCAAAGAAAAGAGCCAAGAAACCUUCAGGCUCCUCUAAGAGUCCAUCUAAAAAGGUCACAGAGAGCAGAGCAGGAGCUGGGGAAUCUUACAAGAGCAAGGAGUUUAUCUCAAGUUCUAGUUCUUCUGAUGAAGACAAACCCCUGAAGAAGAAAGCCAAAAAGAAGGAAGAAGUAAAGAAAGAAGUGAAGAAGGAAGAAAGUGAAGAAGAUAAAGAAAGUAGCGUUGGAGAGCUACCCUCUGACGAAGAAAUCCUUCCUUCACCGCCGUCAUCAGGGAAAGGAUCAGGAUCAGAUGAAACAGAUUCAGAGUCAGGCUCGGACUAAGUCAAUAUGUCAGUCAAUAGAGUGUCUAGAUGAGGUGUCAAGCAUCUAAUUCAAAGCUGUGGCAGAAUUACCAAACCGAAUGGAAGACAUGAUAAAUAAGACAUUUCUAGCAACACCUAAUGGAAUGGGAGAAGACUGGAAAUUACCAGAAACUGUUUCAUCAUCAUCAUGAGAUCUUAGAUGUAAAAUUUACAUUAAAAAAACACCCUAUUGAUCAUUAUAACAACAUAAUUUAUGAUUUUACUCUAAUAAAUGUCCACACUUAAAUGUGUAACGAUAAUUUAUUGUUUUUAAAAGAUAUAUCAUUGAUUUUUUCAUUGGACUCGUUGAUUCUUCUCUGUUCAUAAUCAUGAUUUUCAACAAGAAAGUGUUUUGUUCAAUUUAAAUCAUGACUCUAGUGCUGUAUAUCCUAUCUGGUAUCAUAUGUUAUACACAUACUUAAUGUCUGUCAUUUGUUAAAUGAUAUUAUGUUUGGACAUUUGUUUGUGGUGUCUCAAGUGUAUAAGAUCAAUAUGCUACAGCUACUACAAAACACUUGAUGUUGUAAAACAUUUGAAUGCAAGGCGAUGUCAGAAAACUAUAUCUUCAUAUUUCUCAAGAAUCUUUUGAACAUGAUAAAAAAAUGAUAUUAGUUAGAAUUUCAUGUGAGUAUUCACUUUGAGCCUUGUUAAAAUGAAAAUGUGAGUAUGCGAUUCAAAUAUUAACACAGAAUUUUCUUUAUUGAAUAUCCUGAGAGUGCACUGUUCUCUAGUGAAGCUGACACUUUUUCAGUACAAAUGAUCAUCUUAUUUUCAGGGCAUUGUUAUUUUAAGUCUGAAAGGAAAACUUGUGUUUGAUAAUUGUGUACAGAAGUAUUGUAACAGUAUUGUUAAGAGAUCUGCUAUAUAAAGUGAAAUGAAAGUUA